AUGUAUGGAUCACCCUUCUCCAAUGGUCUACAUCAAAAGCAACAAGCACCUUCUCACUUCAAAGAAAACGCUAGAAAUGCAAUUUAUAAUCAAUUACCUUCCAUAAGUCAAAAUAUUCAACAACAGCAACAACAACAACAACAAUCAUCAUCAUUAUCUAUAAGAUCAGCACCUUCACAAUUUUUAAAAAAUUCAUAUAAAUCAUAUCAAUCACUGCAUAGAUCAUCUUCAUCGUCAUCAUCCAUAUUUUCAUCAUUUACAUCUGGUAAAAGAUCAGUACGAAGUGCUCCAUCUAUAUAUUCAAGUUCAACAGGUACAAUUCCUGAAGAUGAAGAACAAAUGACUGCAACAGUUGAACAAUUAGUUAAUGAUAUACAAUUACAUGAACAACAUUUCUUAGAAGAAUAUAAUAAAUCACAACAACUACAACAACAACAUUUUCAAUCAAUACAGAGUAACAAUAAUAGUUCUACUUCUUUAUUACAAAACCCAUCAUCAUCGUCAUCAUCAAUAAAUUAUUCAAUAACUGAUCCAGAAGAAUUUUAUAAAAUUUCAUUAGGUUCAAGUUUAUCAUAUCAAAAUAAUAAUGAAAAUUAUUUAAUUGAUUGGAAUUUAAAUGUAACAAGAUGUAAAUUAAUUUUAACUCAAUUACCUUCAAUAUCAUCAACUUCAGAUACAAUAUCAUAUAAUCAAACAAUGUUACCACAAUUAAUUGGAGAUUUAGCAUCAAAAUGUAAUAUUAUAAUUAUACAACCAAAUCUUACGGAUACUGAAUUAAUUUUUAUAUUAAUUCAAUCAAAUUUAUAUGUUGAACAUAAUUUAGAUAUAAAUUUUAAAAAAUCCGUAGCUGAAAUAUCAGUAAAACAAUCAAGAUUAUUACAAAUUAAUUCAAAUAAUAAUAGCCAAAAUAGCAUAUCAUCAUCACAACAAAAUUUUUUAAAAUUUAAAUUUAAAGAAAUUGCAAUUAGAAAUUAUUUAAUAAAUUUAGCAGCUGCUGCAACAACUGCACAAGAAUAUAAAUUAAAAUUAGAUGAAUUUAAACAAAAAAAUAAACAAAAUAAUAUUGAUCCUGUAACUGGUAAUGUCAAGAAAUUAAAAUUAAGUAAAGAUGAUAAAAAAUUUUUAUGGGAACAAGUUAGAUCUGAUGUAUUUAAAAGAGCUGGUCUUGAAUAA